AUGGCCAACAAAGCGCUCAUCUUCAAGGAAAUCCCCCAGGGGUACCCCGUUCCUGGUCAGCACCUCACCAUUGAGAACGCCACCUAUGACGCCAACGUUCCCGCUCCCAGCGAUGGCGUCGUUCUCGAGUCCCUCUACACCAGCUUCGACCCCUACAUGCGUGGCCGCAUGCGCUCCGCCGAGACCAAGUCUUAUGCUCCUGCCUUUGAACUGAACAAGGCCAUUGAGAGCGCCAGCAUUGCCAAGGUCGUCCGCUCCAACACCGACUCUUUCAAGGAGGGCGACCUCGUCAUUGGCCACGUCCCCGUCCAGCAGUACGUUGCGCUCGACAAGCAGAACUUGCAGCGCAUUCGCAAGCUCGAGAACCCUCUGGGCAUUGAGGAUAUCCGUGUGUUCCUUGGUCCUUUGGGCAUGCCCGGUCUGACUGCCUACUCUUCUCUGUAUGCCAUUGGCAAGCCCAAGAAGGGUGAGACCAUCUUCGUCUCCGCUGCCAGCGGUGCCGUAGGCCAGCUCGUCGGCCAGCUCGCCAAGCACGAGGGUCUCCGGGUCAUCGGUUCCGUUGGCUCUGACGAGAAGCUCGACUACAUCCUCAAGGAGCUUGGCUUUGAUGGUGGUUUCAACUACAAGAAGGAGAAGCCGUCCGAAGCUCUCGCCCGCCUCGCCCCCGAGGGUAUCGACAUCUACUACGAGAACGUCGGCGGCGAGCACCUCGAGGCUGCUCUCGACGCCAUGAACAACUUCGGCCGUGUGGUUGUUUGCGGUAUGAUCUCUCAGUACAACUCCGCCCCCUACCCCAUCAAGAACAUCCAGAACGUGCUCGUCAAGCGCAUCACCAUGCGCGGCUUCAUCGUUGCCGACGCCGACAUGGGUCCCAUCUACACCAAGGAGCACCAGGAGCGUGUGCAGAAGUGGAUCAAGGAAGGCUCCUUCAAGGUCCUCCUCCACGAGACCAACGGCAUUGACAACGCCGCCGAGGGCCUUGUCGGCAUCUUCCACGGCAAGAACAUGGGCAAGGCCGUCCUGAAGUUCUAA